UACCCUCGGUGCGACGUGGAGACAAAAUAGCACCCACAGCAAUAAAAGAUGACAACAGCACAGUUCACUCUGGGAACUUCGGACGCAUUUAUUGGAUCAGAUCAACGAUUCCUGAGCGUAUAAAUACAGAGGAGCAAGACACAGACGUCACAGAUCAGGAUUCCUGAGGUGUCUACUUUUCCGGUCAUCAUGAAGGUCUUUGCAGUGAUCUUUGUUCUGGCAGCUCUGUCUGGCUGCCAUGCCAGGAGCAUGCCCGAGCCCAGGAGCGACCCCUGGGAGGAGGCGCUGGAAAAGUUCAAGGAUUAUUUCACCGACCUGACCUCCAAGUCCGACGCCGUGCUGAAGGACAUCAAGAGCCACGAGAUCACCAGAGAGCUCGACACCCUGAUCCAGGACAGCAUGUCGGAGCUGGCCGUGUACAGACAGGACCUGCAGACCAAGCUGGCUCCGUACACCCAGGAGGCCGCACAGCGUCUGGGCGAUGACCUGGACUGGCUGUCCAAAAAACUCAGUGUCCACAUGAACGAGGGCCGGGAGCAGAUGGAGAAGUACAGCGUGGAGCUGCAGACCAUGAUGGAGCAGAACGCCGACGACGUCCGGGUCAGGGUCUCCGCCUACACCCGCAAGAUGAAGAAACGCCUCAACAAGGACGCACAGGAGAUCAAGAGUCAAGUCGCUGAAUACUUUGAGGAGCUCCAGUCCCGUACCUCAGACAACGUGGGGCAGAUGCAGACCCAGUUCGAGCCCUACUUGGCUAAGGUGCGAGACAACACCCACGCAAAGGUCAUGACCAUGAACGACCUGCUGAUUUCACAGGUAGACAAAAUGUCGAGCAAGAUUCAGGCCGCGGCCGAGGACAUCAAGGACCGUUUGGAGAGCACAGCUGAAGAGAUGAAGAGCACCCUGGAGGAGAAGAUGGAGGAGGUGCGCACCUGGUUCAAGCCCUAUGUCUCCAUGUUCACAGCAUAACCUGUCAUCAGAGAGUCCGGACUGACUGUUGAUGCACAUGUAAAGAGGGAUUAAUAACUGAAGUUGAUAAACUAUGAAAAGAGAAGUGACUGAUGUGUCGUCCAAUAAAAACCAGCUGCUUAAAA